AUGUACACAAAUGAUGAAUGGUACACAAAUGACCAACUCCAGAAUGAAUAUGAAUGGAGAAAGGCUCGCAGUAAAACAGAUGACAUCACUCUUGAUGCAGGAACAGCCCACCCCAACCUCUCAAUUUCUGAGGAUCAGAAGAGUUUUAAACAUGAAGCCCAACCUCAGAAAGUUCCACCAAACCAAGAGAGGUUCGAUUCAACUGUCUGUGUAUUAGGCUCUAAAGGAUUCUCCUCUGAAGAGCACUACUGGGAGGUGGAUGUCACGAACAGCACUGACUGGGACAUAGGAGUGGCCAGAAAAUCUAUACAGAGAAAAGGAAAGAUUUCUCUGUCCCCUAAAGAGGGAUUCUGGGCUCUGGGUCUGAGUGGGAGAGAUUAUUGGGCAAAAACAGACCCAUGGACCCGGGUCAUGGUGCAGAAAAAGCCCAAGAAAAUUGGAAUUUACCUUAGUUGCCAAGACAGGCAGGUGACCUUUUUCAAUGUAACUAAUAAGUCUAUGUUGUUCACAUUUAAUGAUUGUUCAUUCUUUGGAAACGUUUAUCCAUUCUUUAAAAAUUCCCACAAAGAAACAAUAAUGAGAAUUUCUUCAAUUAAAGAAGAGGACUAAAUUUAAAAUGGCUGUUAUGCUCAGUUUUGUUGACCAAACUAAUCCCAAAAGACUCCUGAUGCAUUGUGGCACUCUUGACCAAACCGAACCAAAGUAUGAGAAUGCUUUGCAGCCAGAUGAAAGGCAAAGUGGAAAAUCAUUGCCUGUGAAAUUAUAAUUACAUGCAUUGCUAAUGCUGCAGGGGUGGCUUCCCAUGUAAUGGAUGCAACUUUACUGGAAUUCAUAAAACUGAACUCACAAAGUGAGCUAUUAAUUAGAAAUGAACUUUUUUUUUAUUACUAACUACUAGUUUAUCUGGAUAAGGCAUAUUAGUAGCUAAGAGUAAGGAAAUAAUAUUGCAUAUUAUACUGAUGUAGCUGUGCUAGACCAUAUAACCAAUCUUUGAGUCAGGUAUAAAUACAGGUGAGGGAUGUGUCUUCAGAAUGGGCUGGCAAUGAUUGACUUUUCCUUUCUGUAUUAUUCUGUGUAAUCUUUGAUUAAUAAUUUUUCUUAAUAAAUGUUGAUGGAUCCUAGUUAUUUGGCAUCUCAUAUUAUUAAUUUUAUACUGAGCUUGUAACAAUUUAUCUUGAUGUAUCUUUGUGUGUAAAAUAAAAGUAUUCUGUAAUCCAGUGGAUCAGAGAGAAGUUUUUUUUCCUCCUCACUUUUUAACAAAUCCAUGUGAAAGUUAUAGUUAGCAAAAACAGUGUCUGUGAGGCAGUGGAUCAGAGAUAA